CGAGGCUGCGCCAAGAGAGGUAUUUUUGAAUCUUUGCGAUGGCUGCCGAGAAUGUUGGAAGUAGCGAGACGGCACUCAAAAGUAUUUUUGAGGAAGGCUGGAAGUCGUUGUUAAGUAUCCAAGAAAGGGACGUUCCAACUAAUUCAGAAGAAGUUCAGAAUGAUAUUGUUAAAGCUAUAAAGUUGUUUGAAGACUCAACUAAAAUGGUGAACAUGAUCAGUAUAUUUAGUAGAAAUGAACACAUAGAUGAAGUAUCUGCUACGAAUUUGAGGUACUUCCUCUUACCGGCCUUCAUGGGAGAGCUUAGUCUUUUACAGCAGGGUAAUGAUAGGAGCUCUGAUGUUACAAAAUCAAAAAUUUAUUUUCUUGACUUUCUUCAAAGAUGCAACGAUUAUUCAAUAACAGACCUAGAUUUAAAACAGUUUUGUGCUGACGAGGAGAAAGAAUCCAAGCCUAUUCGUCCAAAUGUUUCCACUGACAGACAAGCCAAAAUAGACAGAUAUAAAGAGACAAAAGCCCUGAAAGAGAAAAUUUCUAAACUGGAACAGAAAUUGAAGCUGUCUCCAGAAAGUGUGGAUGAAGAAACGCAGCGUGAAUAUUAUCUAUCUUGGAUCCGACUGUGGGUAAACGAAAGUGUAGACAAGCUCUCCUUGAUAACAAGCGAAUUAGAAAUCCUUGAACAUAUGAAAAAGCUUCAAACAGGAAAAAUUAAGCCAGAAGAAAAGCCAAAACCUAGAGAGCCAAUUAAACCUAUAUUGAUCACAAAGGAAUCUAUUAAGUCAAAAGUUUUUGGCGCUGGAUACCCCAGUCUGCCUUCCAUGACACCUGAACAGUGGAUGGACAAGCAAAUCGCAGAUGGGAAAGUCGUUCUAGACUACAACCCAAACGUCAACAGUGCUCCAACUGAACAUUCCUCCGACGAUGAAGAUGAUGAUGAUGACGAAAAAAUACAAAAGGCAAGAGCUUGGGACGAAUGGAAAGAUGAGCACAAAAGAGGUGAAGGCAAUCGCAAAGACAGGGGCUGAGAUGGAACCCUGAAGAACGAGAAAAGGAAUAUCUACUGUAGACUUGAGGUACCAGUGAAAAGCUGGAGAUCGUAAGGUGCCACUUUGUAUCUAUCUUCUUCGCUAUUCAGGGCAGGCGUUGCCACAUACAUUCCUUGCGAUGACAUUCAGGUUUAUUACAUUGAUUGCAAAUCUCGUCACAGAGAUGUGAUCUUGCUAAGAUCGUCGUGGUUUGUCACGUCUUUUACAAAAUGUAUUAAUUACAUGUAAUUGGGUGUAA